CAGCUGGAACCAAUGAAUCGGAACGGAAAACUUGAAAUCCUGUCGUUCGGCCACGUGAGAGACAGCAGCCACUAAAUUGGCCUUAAUCUGCGGAAAGUACGCAACACUACGGCAGUGAACUGGCCACAACAGCUGCUCCGUGGCUCGCCGGAGAGAAAUAAUUCGCACAACUUGAGGUUUACCGAACAGAUCGCUUCAUAAGAAAAUGGGUUAUGGUGGUGAAAUUGGAUUUAGCAUGGAAAUCACUUCAUAUUCUCCCGUCGCGUCCGUGAUAGCAGUUUACUGUCUCAUGACUAUUGGAAUAAAUAUUUUCGUCUGUUACUACAUCUACCGCAAGAGGUGUCUUCGCACUUCAUGUACAGCACUGAUCGUGGCGAAUCUGGCUGCGGUAGACGUUUUGGUCUCGAUCAAAGAUUUGCCUCUCUUGAUCUCCGUGAGCACGACCGGAAGGUGGUAUUUCGAGGAACACUGGUGCCGGAGUUAUGGUCUCACCAAUGUCAUAUACAUUAUCGUGGCGAUUUCGACAUUGGUUACCAUUACGACUGAACAAUAUUUCCGAUUGACCGAGUCACAGAAAUCCCAGGGAAAUUCCUCUCGCUCUCUACCACUCGGUUACAUCAUUGCACACACAACACUUUCAUACUCGCUCUCCUUGUUGUGGAGCAAGUAUGUUUUCAUCAGUAGAAAGGCCUUUUGCGAGGUCGAUUGGCCGCCUUCCGGGUUAGGUUUCACUCUCAUUACAUCUUGCAUCUUCCUCAUCCCAGUCUCUCUUUUGAUCUACAACUUCUUCGGAAAUGACUCCGAAGACGACAAGAACUCGAGCGAAAAGGCGAAGCUAGUCAAGUUGGAGAGCGGAGAAAACGAGGAAAGCGACGAAGAUAAGGCUCAUAGUCGCCUGCAGCUCGCCAUUUGCACUUUCCUGGUCACGUGGUCUCCGUACGUGAUUGAGAGUUUUGUCACGUACUCGUCUGCGGUCCCAAACAUUGUUGGAGUCGUGUGCGCCUUUAUUCCGAUUGUAACCACGACUCUAAUCCCUCUGUGGUACAUUAAGUGGAGACGAAAAGCUGACAAAGUGCAAUUAUUUUCUUCAUACCACAUCCAAAAUUGUUAGAUCUUGCUUAAAUGCUUGAGAAUGGCACGCAAAGUUUUCUGAUUCUUUCGAUCUCUAUAAUUGUUUCCUGGUCGCUAUCAUAAUUUGAAAUUUGAAGGAACAAAUAUUAAUUGGGAGUUUGUACAGACUGUAAGGCAUCGUCUACACGUCUGAUGUUUACUUUAUCCUCGGGGAAAAAAAGUUGUUCAUUGAUGAAAUUCCGUCAAUAUCAGAUUAGGAAACCAUUUCGCAAAAUGUCUAUCACUACGGUUGUACAUUUGCCUCACUGGCCAUCUUGCGACAAGUUUUUCGAAUAGUUUUAGCCGUGAGUGGCUUAAGAUUGAAUUAAUUUUGAGAAUUAACUUCAGUGAAAUUGAAAAAGAGUUAAUUUUAUCGAAGCAUUAUUCUUUGAGAUAACUAAUUAAUAACUAUUGGCGGAUUGGUUUCGAAUUUAUUUUUCUUGUAAAUAACUAAACAAAUUUGAUUAUUUUAUUUCGGAUAUACCAUAUAUAUUUUGGGCUAGAAACUUGUCAGGUUCCAUAUGAUUUUAUUUUCUCAGAUCACAAAAUUUAUGGCGAAUUCUCUUAUAUUUUCUCUCGAAUCUUGUAGCUAUUUUCCUCGACCGUAACCCUCAUUAUUGCUUAUGAAAUCUUCCGUUAGGAUAAUUACAACAUAACCAAGAGAAUAAAAUUAAUUCUUUUCUCUUAAACAGAACCAAUAUUUUCUUUCAACUUACAAUGGUCAGACAAACGUCACUACCAAUUACAAACUCUUUUUUGUUCACAAGCGUUGAACGGAAAUACAGCGUCACGUUGAUAGAAAAGUGAUCUAUUAAGUUUGUAAAAGAAAAUACAUUAAAAAGUAAUUAAUUAUUUGUUGA